AUGAUGAAGAAGAAGGGGAAGUGGUCCAAGGAAGAGGAUGACUUGAUCAAGAACCACAUUGAGAAGUAUGGCAUUGGCCACAGUUGGCAGGCAUUGUCCAACACUUUAGGGCUGCGGCGGUGCGGCCGGAGCUGCCGUUCCCGGUGGCUGAACUACCUCCGCCCGGGCCUGAAGCACGGAAAUUUCACGCCGGCGGAGGAGAGGCUCAUCUGCGAGAUGUACAGCGAGAGGGGGAGCUGCUGGUCCGUCAUGGCGGCCAAGCUCCCGGGGAGGACGGACCUCGCUAUCAAGAACUACUGGAACAGCACGCUCAAGAAGAAGUUCCCGGUGGCGAGACCGUCCGCGGCCGCGGCCUUCCGCCGCCGGAACCGCCCGGCCUGCAGCACGUCGUCCGACGCCGGGACACCGGCGCGGGACCUGCAGCUGGUUUCCUACAGCAGCGAGGAGAGCUCCACGCCGGGGUCCAGCCCUGCCAAGUCCGUCUUGGCCGGCCCUACGCCGGUGCAAGCAGUGCAGCUGCUGGUUCCGUUCGUCGCCGCUCAGCCGAUCGUGGCGGUCCCGAUUAGCGGACCGGUGAAGAUCGAGCAAAAGCAUGCCGUGGUGAGCCUACCGCGUCUGGGGAAGACGCCGCCGCCGCCACCACCACCGGCCUGUGAUCAGACCGGCGAGAGGGUCAUGGAUAUCGUCUGCGCUCCCAUGUCUCCUGUUCCUCUGAGCAUCAUGGAACCGGAUGAGCUGGCCUGCAUCUACCAGUUCGAUGACAUUGCUAGCUUCUUGCCGUGGUUUGAUCAUCACUAAUCUGACUAUAUCAUCGUAGCUUCAUGAAUAGUUCAGAGCUUAGAUUUAAAGUUACCAAUAAUGGUGCUUCAGAAUUAGCUGCAGGAUCUGUCAAUGUGUGAGUGUGUCCUUGUCUUCCCGUGUUACUGUGGAAUUAGCACUGUGUGUUGUUUACAAUUGUGGAAUGUUAGAAUGUGGUAGUGUGGCUCUGGUUUAUCAGAAACUAGCUCGCUGUCAAUCUUGUCAUUUCACUUUU